UUCAGUCGCCUUCUUUCAUCGGAAUCUAUCGGUUGUGUCCGCGCAGGAGUAUUUCUUCGUACGGCGGAACGGACAUUCUUUUUAUCGGUCCCCCCGUGAGUGUCUGCGUGUGUGUGUGUGCGCGCUGCUGUCUGUGGGAUUCUUGUGCAGCUUUUUUGUGUGUUUUUUCAGCGUGUGAUAAAGGAAGAAGUUUGUGAAAGGAGAAGAGUGGAACCCCGGGUUCCGGAACAUCCGGCUGGGAUUGUGCGUAUUGACGGCGGAAAAGGCAAGUUUGCUGCUGCUGAGAACGGGACGGGAAGCAGCGAAAAAUCAAUCGCUUUUGUGUGCUGACUGGCGUCGUCGUCCCUUUUUUCCUCUUUGGGGGGAAGAGGAGGAGCGGGAUCCCCUUGCCCCGGGAAGUCACGGGUUGUUGGGGGAGGCAGCAGCACCAGAUAAUGGUGUGCGGUGGUUAUCAGAGGAAAGCGUUUUUGUUUGACGCAGCUUAAAAAGUUCUAGAUCUGCUGCUGAACAGGCUGUCGAAGAUUGUGUGUGCGAAAAAGCAGCUUGUGAGUUUGUGUUUGUGUGAAUUUCUGUGCUGUUUGGCCUCAGGUGUGCGGCGGCCUCUUUUGCAUACUCAGGUGGUUCUUGGCGAAGCCAAGUCAAGGAGAAGAGAGGAAAAUCCAAUUUAUGUAAGCCUAAAGCUCUGCUGAAGCAAGCCAAAUUUGAAGGUGAUUUGUGCAAAGUGAUCGAAUUUGGGAGUUAAAAACCAUCCGGAAGUGUGUGGUAGCGUGGCGCAGGUUCAACGUUCCGACUGGAGAGUCCAAUUAGACGAACGAAGGAGCAGCCAGCAACAGCAAGAAAGUACGGCCUAGCUGCUGCACCUGGAUAUUCCGCCGACUUCUCGUCGAAGAAGACUUGGAAGACCAGCGAAAGAAGCAAGUGGAAAAGAAUCGUUCUCGGACCACACUUCACGAACACAGCUUCAACCACGGCGAACAGGUAACCUCAACCUUGGAUCUUACAACUUUACACACGUCCGACCAUGUGCUUAAUUUGAGGCUAAUCGAUAGCACACUUUCCACGAGGAAUACCAACUCUCUAGCCACCAUGUGAUGCAAUGCGAAAACAGAGAUUUCCCCAAUCGCGUCCCCAUUUGAUCAUCCCAGUCCAAGGUAUUGGAAUCAUUGUGAUUAUCAUCUCUCAUUCCUAACUCCAAGCUAGAUCAACAAUCCAGCGACAACAGCUACAACUAGUUUGCUGAGAAGAAAAACCUGAUCGCGACUCGUCCGAUUGACUCAAGCUCUGAUAGCAGUCCAGCUCGGAACGGCAUCUGCAACGGUUCGUCAGGUGUCAACCCCUUCUGAUCAGCGCCAUCUGUUGCGUAACGAGUCAAGCGCGCGCGCGCUCCCAACCGGUUGACAAAUGGCCAACAUUUGGGAAAGGUGACAGCUCUUGUCCCCCUUUUUACGUUGUGUCCAAAGUUUGCAAGUGACGAAAAAUGGCAAUUUGAGGAAAAAAAGUUUGUGCGCACUUUAGUUCCGUUGCAAACCCUUAACAGGGAGAAUGGAUCAAUUAGCCAUAAUGGCGCCCCCAUGAGAAGCCAUUAGUGUGUGUGUGCGAUACUUGAAAUUCAAAUUUUCACCACCUCAAGCCACAAAACUUUGAGAAGAGGUCGAAGCGGUGUCCCGCGCGCGCAAAACAACACGCGAUAAAAAAGCCGGUGGAAUAAAUUAGCGGAAAAAAAUAUUAAUCCACUUUGAGCGUUUCGCUUUUUCUUUCCUCUCCGCAGUGGUGUAGGAGUGUGUGCGAGUUUAGCCUCUCCAGAGAAGCAAAAAAAAGUUUAAGCCUGUGUUAGUGUGCCAAUGUGAGCUCUCUCGGAGAGAGCGAGCGCGCGAAACGAAACGAGUGGUGAAUUUGGCGCACAAGAAAACCGUUGAGCGGUGGUGAAUAAGUUCGGCGGUAAGCCGGUUACACAGAGUUCAUCGCGAUGAAUCCGUACGGUGGAGGUGAACACAACGUCAUCCGGGCGCCAUCUCUGAAGCGCGGAAAGAACGACGAGGGACUUAACAAUCGGAUUAAGCUGAAAAAGAUUCUCGGCCUGACAGUAUGCAGCAACGCAGGCCUCGAUGUCUCGUCCACAACAGGUGUUCUGGCAUAUCCAGCCGGAUGCACCGUGGUCCUGUUCAACUCGAAAAAGCUCAGCCAGUCCUUCCUGCUCAACACGGCCAAGAAGGCCAUCACGGCGGUCGCGUACUCCCAGUGCGGUCGCUACCUGGCGACGGGCGAGUGCGGCCACAACCCGUCCAUCAAGGUGUGGGAGCUGGACGUGAACGGGAACUCCAGCUACGAGAAUGGCGCGGCCGGAAGCAUCGUGGCCGAGUUUUCCGGCCACAAGUACGCGGUCAGCUGUGUGGCGUUUUCCCCGACGGGGAAGUAUCUGGUGUCGGUGGGCUCGCAGCACGAUAACAUUGUGAACGUGUUCGAUUGGAAGGCGAAUCUGAAGAUUGCGUCGAACAAGGUGACGGCCAAGGUUGUGGCGGUGAGCUUCAGCGAGGGUGGGGAUUACUUUGUGACUGUUGGUAAUCGACAUGUCAAGUAUUGGUACCUGGAGGGCAGCCGGAAGUACAAGGAGCCGAUUCCGUUGAUGGGUCGGAGUGCGAUUCUGGGGGAGCUGAGGAACAAUGACUUUUGUGCGGUGGCUUGCGGGAAGGGCGAGAUGGCCGAGAGUACGUACGCCAUUACGAGGAACGGGCAUUUGGUGGAGUUCAACGCGCGGCGGCUGCUGGACAAGUGGGUCAUGUGCAGGACGAACGCGGCGAAUUGUAUGGUGACGAGUACAAAGUAUAUUUUGGUUGGGUGUGCGGAGGCCAUUGUUCGGGUGUUUAACGCCGAGACGCUGGAGUACAUUACGACGUUGCCACGGACGCACUUUUUGGGGGUGGAUGUGGCGCAGGGCGUGCACAUCAACCACAUGAUGUCGACGCCGCAGAAUGCCAAGUAUCCGGACACGAUCGCCAUCGUGUACGACGAGAACAGGUCGAAGGUGACGUGCGUGUACAACGACCACAGUUUGUACAUCUGGGACCUGCGAGAUAUCCGGCGGGUCGGGAAGAGCCACUCGUUCCUGUACCACUCGGCGUGCAUCUGGGGAGUGGAAACUGUGCCAUUUAGCUAUCUGAAGAACAACGUGUCGGACACGCUGCCGUCGGAUAGCUUCCUGACAUGCUCGUCGGAUGACACGAUCCGGGUGUGGGACAUUGACAACGGAGAAAGCAACGAAGUGUAUCGGAAGAACAUUUACAGUAAGGAGCUGAUGAAGGUGUUGUACAUCGAUGAAGAGUUGAAUCAUAUCAAGGAUAUGGACAAUCCGAUUCACAAUACGGAGAAGAACUCGAGCUACGAUGGACGGAAUGGGGUUCGGUGUAUCAAGAUAAACCCGGAGAAUAACCAGUUGGCGACGGGUGACCGGAGUGGAAAUAUACGGAUCUAUAAUCUCAGUAAUCUUAAGCUGAUAACGACGAUCGAAGCGCACGACUCGGAGGUGUUGUGCCUGGAGUACACGAACGAAAAGAUUGAACGAAAGCUGCUGGCCAGUGCGAGCCGAGAUCGGUUGAUCCACAUCUUCGACUGCGAGGCCGGCUACCGGAUCCUGCAGACGCUGGACGACCACUCGAGCAGUAUCACGUCGGUGCGGUUCAUCGGCACGGGCAAGCAGUUCCAGAUGGUGUCCUGUGGUGCCGACAAAUCCAUCAUCUUCCGCAACUUCCAGAACAAUGUCUUUCUGCGGGGCAACAACUGCUCCGGUAAAAAUACGCUUUACGAUAUGGAGGUAGAUAGUAACUAUAAGCACAUUCUGACCGCGUGCCAGGACCGGAACAUCCGCGUCUACAGCACGCAAAACGCCAAGCAUACGAAAACGUUCAAAGGGUCGCACUCGGACGAAGGCAGUCUGAUCAAGGUUAGUCUAGAUCUGAGCGGUAUCUACAUCGCGACUUCCUGCACGGACAAGACCCUGAGCGUGUACGAUUACUACUCGAACGAGUGCAUGGCACGAAUGUACGGCCACAGCGAGCUGGUGACCGGCCUCAAGUUCACCAACGACUGCAAGCAUCUGAUUUCGGCCAGCGGAGACGGUUGCGUGUUCGUUUGGCAAGUCCCCCAUGACAUGAUCGUAACGAUGCAAGCCCGCCUCUCCCAACAAGCACUCCGAUCCGGCCACCAACCAAUCCCUCGACCUCUCUCCAACCCAUUCGCCGAUGCCAUCCUGGAACACCACCAACCCGGCCAGGAACAGUUUGGAUCGCCUCCAAACAACCUCUUCAUCGAGGACGCCCCCGUCACUCCGGGCUAUCGCUUCUCCGACGUCGGCCAACUGCCCCAAUGGGCCAAACGAAAGCCAACGGAAGACCAGUCCAACUCGCCCGUUCUCGGCAGCAGCCCUAGUCAGAACCAACCCUUCGGUGGUCCACCAAAACCACGCGGUCGCUGGGGCCAAAAGGGUCAGUUUGACGAGGCCCUAGAUCUACGAAACAUCGUCGACAGCCCGCUCAACACGACCUACAGCAGCGAAAAAGCCGCGCUGCACCACGCCAACAACAACAACACCCCCACUUCCGGGUACAACAGCGGCAGCUCCAAGGACGUCUACAGCAACGCGUACCUCAGCGAGGACAGCUCGAUCGACAGCGGACGCGAAAACCGACGGGACGUCACCUUCCUUCACAAGAAAAUCUCCGAAACCAAGGCGCUGAACUCGCUCAACUCCGAGUCCAACACCGAGCACGACGGGGACGUGGAGGACAUUUCCGACGGCGAGCGGACCAGUUCCGAGCACGGAAUGGUGUACUACCCGACGGCGGCGCCGUCAACGCCAACAGAUUUCAAAAUCAACGAGAUUGACGUGAACGAGCUGCGCAAGUCGAUCCGGCGACAGAAACUGGAAAAGCAGGGCCUUAGCAUUGCGGUGCAGCUGCAGAUGCAGAGUGCGGCCUCGACGGGCACGGGAACGGGCACGUCGGACGACGAGGACGAGGGUUCGACGCCGAGCGGGGACAACGCGGACCGGUCGCUGGCGUCGACGCUGGGGGGAAGCUCGGAGAGCAUCCCGCAGCAGACGUCGUCGACGUUCCUGCAGGCGGCGCUCGACGGGCCGGCCAGUUUGAGCGAUAAGGAGAGAGUCCAAAGCCGCAAAAGCCUCAGCGCAAUGCACAACAACAACGACGCCAAAAUCACCACCAGCAUCUCCAAAUCGUACGCCAACAACAAAAAGGAAGAGUUGAUGAAGGUCAUCAACGAGGCCAAAGCCAAGCUGGAAAAUGGGAUUCUAAUUCAUAGUAAGCGUGACGUAAAAUACUCAUUAAAUCUAGUUCAUUCUAAGGUUGGCUACCGUUCCGGUCUGCGCGCUAGUCAAAGUAUAUCCGAUCUAAGUCACUCGAUGAGCCCGGCUGGUGGCGCUACCGGCCUCGGUCGGAUGCAGCGGUUAGACUAUUCCUGUCCCUAUCGAAACUAUGUUCCGGCGGCGGCGGUGCCGCCACAGGGCGCGCCAAACAGUCACAACUACUUGAACUGUGCCGCGCCGCGAUCGCGUCUCGUGCAAAACUGUGCCAUGAUCAAUCAGAUUCAGCAGGAGCUUCCACCGUAUCCGAAGAAUCUGGGGAUUUAUGCGGUGAAGGCGGGUGAGGGUGGGAGUGAUGAGGAGGAGGAGACGGUGGUUAGGCCGGAUAAGUUGGAGUUGCCGGAGCUGCCGCCGGUGCCGGCGGAUAAGUUGCGGAAGCAUCCGGGGAUUUUGAAGAAUUACAAGUCGUGUCCGGUGUCGCCGGUGCACGAGGAGCAAGAGUGGAGUAUGGUUUCGAGUCAGGAUCCGGAAGCGGGCCCGUCGAAUGAGAGUGGGAGGACGCAACGGCAACGGCAAGGUCGUCACUCGAUGUAUUACGAGGACGCGAAGACGAUCCUGGAUAUGAUCCACUCGGACACGGAGAAGAUGAUUAAGGAGAUCACGAGCAAGUACGGGGAUUUGGACGAGAUGGAAGCGAAUGUGCCGGAACGGCAACCGGCGAUUGAAACGGGGGAGCCGAAGCGACUGGAAGUGGUAAACAAAACUCUGGAAGGCCUAAAGCACACCGCCCGUAAGGAACGGCACGAGCACGGCUUCCUGUCGGAGGACGAUCCGAACUUUAGCUCCGACUCGCUAGAAGACUGUAGUUUAGACUUAGACGUAGGAAAGACUGAGCCCAGCAGGAGCAAACGCAAUACCUGUGCCAAACAUGGCGCCAAGCCGGUUGUGCCACCGCGCCCGGCCGCCAUUUCACUGCCAAAGCGGUCCGUUUCGGACUAUUUUAUGUACGACAGCUUCCAGCAGCCGGUGCCGUACCGAAACGUGUCCCUGUCGGACAUCCUGGACGACGACAAAAUGAGCGCGGACAAUCGAUUCCUGGAAACGCAGCGGCACUCUAGCGCGAGCUUCUUCCUCGGCCAGCAGUACCCGGAUCGGAAGAGUCAGGAGAGCAUCCUGUCGGACGAUUACGGCAGCGGUGGAGUCAGCUUCUGCAACAGCAUGGAGAGUAUCCUGUCGGACGAUUCCGAGUGUAAGAGCGCUCCGCUGGAGGUGCUCUUUGGACGGUUCAAACGCGAUCGCAACUACAGUGCCAACUACGAGUACAAGGUCGAAGCGUGCAGCAACUCCAAGUCGUACGGAUCGAGUCCGAACGCCGGCAGUGGGUUCGACUACUACAUGCAGGGUAGCUACUUCAACGCGCCGGAAAGUUACGCGUACGACAACCUCGAACCCGCUCGACGAAUAGCCGAGUCCCGCUCGCCCCAACACAAACGCCAAGGAGCUCCAGGAAUGCCAACCUCCAUCAGCUACCCGCGGUUCAUCUCCAGCUCCGCACUCGCAGCAGCCGCCGAAGAAGACGAAGACUUCAUCCCGUCCCUAACCUCAAAAGCCGCCCAGUACGGCGGUGCCACCGUCAAGAGCCUCAGCAAAGACUUUGCCAACCAGCGCAAGCAGAUGAACUCGAACCCGAUGUACGCCUGCAACGACGGCAACGAACUGUUUGUCCGCAAGACGGUGAACGCCACCAAUCAAAUCACCCGGUCGGACAUCUUCGGAAACGAAGCGUCCGUGUACGUGAUGAAGAAGUCGUGCAGCUUUGAGAUCGAGAUGGGCGGUCGGAGGAUCGCUCGGAACUCGAAAAAGUUCGAGCAGAAUCUGCAGCGGUUCGAGCAGGAGCGGCAGCUCUCGGACCGGUAUCAAUUUGGUGGGACGCUGGAGAUGGACUACGUGCCGCACAAACCUCCGGUGGCGCACCGCAGAUCUGCAAGCAUGAAGGGACGGGGCAGGGCGCGAUCAAAAGAAAAGUUCAACACGAUCAUCGGCCAGAUGAGCGGCGUAGGAGAGGACGGCAAGCUGAGGGAUUUCGUCAACAAAGACUACAUGCCAAAAGACACCAGCACCGCCAGUUGUUCAAGAACGCACAAAAAAGACCCCAGCGAGGAAAAGUCCUUUGAAAUCUACGUCGCGGAAAAGGGAGUCUGCGAAGACGACAACAUGGACAGCCUGGAACUGCUCACCAAACCCGAUCUGCACAAAGAAAACUCGGUGGACUCGCUGGACGACACCCACCAAACCGACAUCCCAGUCAAAGGCUCCUCCCAACUCGAACACCUCAUCGACUUCAACCUGCUCUCCUCAGUAGAAUACAACAAGUUCCUCGACAUCGAAAAGAAGAUCGACAUCAUCAACAAGCUGGUCGAGCUCGAAGAGCGCAAGCUCGAGCAGGAACGCGUCACCAAAGAACACCGCAUGCGCCCCUUCGAGUGCGACUCCCGCCAGAAAGGGUACGUCAAAAGCCUCACCGAGAACUUUGACAAGAUCGCCAAGGAGGCGCAGGAAGAGCUGGAAAACGAAAAGAACUGGCAUCUGGCGGUGCGCGCCAAAAUGAAGCGCAACUUUAGCCUGCCGGAUGUGCUCGAGGGGGCCAAGUUUCAGUCGAUGGAUUUCAGGGACGAAGACUACGGGGAUGAUGAGGACGACGAGGACGACGACGAUCUGUACAAGCAAAAGGACGAGGAGGAACUGUCCGAGAAGGACGAACACUCGCUGGGAGGCGGAGGAGGCGGAGGAGGAGGUGAAGGCGGUAAUCCCCGAAGCUUAAUCUCUGCGCAAGAUAGUGAUGAGUCAUCGAUUAGACGUGCUUGCUCGCUUAGUGAUUUGAGUAUGGGAAAAGCUGCUAAUUACAAACCAGUCCCUAGCAGCCGCAGCACGGUCCAGCGGACUGUCCCCAAGCGCAGCACGUCCUCGGUGGGCAAGGGUGGCGCAUCACUGUCCUCCGGCAUGGGACUCCGCAGCGUGUCGGUGGGCAUGUUGAACCAGGCGAGUGACUCCGAACCGGAGCCUCCGUCUUCGCGGGGCGGACUCAUGAAGCCAACCAUCAGCUCCCAGAACAAGGUGAACGGUUCAACGCCCGUCGGCAACGGUGGCGGCAGCGGCGGCAAGUACAUCAACCCCCGUUCUGCGGCCGGCAUCAUCAGCCGACGGAAGGGCCUCCAGAGUGCGUACAGCAGUGUGAACAUCUCCUCCGCCGGCCAGGACGAGUCCAGCUCGGAGGAAUCGCCGACGAGCACGGUCAGUCCGGCGCCAACCAAGCCGGCGGUUCCACCGCGGCCCCGAAGCAUCGCGAUGGAGCACAAACGGAUAGCGAACGUGAAUGCCACCCUGAACGCGAAGAAGGCGGUGCCCAGCACCAACAUGGAGAUGGAAACGAUGAUCAAGGACGGCGACCUGGACAAUGCGGACUUGACCAACCAGCUCUGCUCCAACAUUAUCAACCAGCUGGUGCAGACGACGACGUCGGUGAUUCAGCUGCACCAGCGGCUCAAGUCGAACGACGAGUCCGGCGGCGGCAGCGGCCGGAACAACUCGCUCAUGAUCAAGGAGCUGGAGAAUGCGGUCAUCAUGACGCAGAACAUGCUGACCAAGGUUACCAACAGAAACCUCGGCGGUGACCUCAACAACAGCACCAGCAUGUACGAAAAGUGCAACGACAUCCUGAACCAGGUGCAGAAACACGUGAACAACAGCGGCUGAUCGUAGAGAUGAACGCGAGAAUCUUUUUUUUCCUUUUUUUAGGUUAGGUCAAAACGGGGUGUGUAUGUGUGCGUGUUGAUGUAGCGUGUGUUUGCGUUUCGUUGUCAUUGUGUGUGCGCCUUGAAGGAACUGUUUUUUGGAAUUGUAACUAUAGGAAGAAAUUGUAAUAAAAAUGUGCUUAAAGAGGAAUUUUGAUGGAGUGUGUGCGAGCGCGCUGGAAUUGUAAAAUGCUAGAAGGAAAAGAAAAAUAACAAAAAGUUUCGUCCAAUUUAGUUGUUAGUGUGUUAAUUUUACGCGGCAGUGUUUUUUAAGUGUAGUGGAGCAGUAAAUUGAAGAAGAAGAAAAAAAACGUUACGUUAGAUAUCAUCCUGUUGGAGGUUUCGGAUUAAGGGUAAAAAACGCCAUAUCUAGAUUUGUUAGUUGAACUUAAAGUACGACUUUCUUUACACAGUCCCGUUAUUCGUCUCGGUUAUGUUAGUCAGAGCAAGAGUAAAAGAGAUAGAGAAGGAGAGUUAGAUGAAUCGUUUUAGCGCUUUCAGCUUGUUUUAAAUUAAAUUAUUAACGAUUUGUAUUUUUUAGGGAAGGAGAAGUAUUUUUUGUUUUACUGUUUAAAAGGUAGUUGCGGAGGGACGUUGCGUAUGCAAAAAUUUCAGGGUAAAUUGGUGGAAAGUUGAUUGCUCUGCUUCAUAGCAAUUUCAUGCCAAGAGGCCGUUGCAAAUUUUGGCAUGAAAUUGCUGCGCUUCGUCCCUCCAAAAAAGUUAACGAAAUUAAUGUUAAUAUCACUAGCUGUACAGUAGAUUCUAAUUUUCCGUAAACAUUAACUUGUUUAACAACAAAAACCAUUAUUCUAGCUCUUUGGAUGGUAACAACACAUGAAAUAACCACUUAAUUACAAUUAAAUCAUAUUGAUUUAUCCUACUAAACGUAAGCAAAGUUUUUGGAGAGAACGAGAGAAAGGCGAAACUUUCCAAUACUCAGUAAUUCCUCCCCCUAAAGUAAAAUCAGAUUAAACAAAUAUCUCUUCCCCCCUCUUCGUGCGUGUGUGUCCACAGAAUGUGAUUCUGAACCCGAAACGAUGCCAACAAUUUAUAUCAUUCGAAUACAACAGAGCUAAGCCUAUCUCUAUUUAAACGAGGAAUUAAAGAAAUCUUAAUCGUAUUGGACGAAUAAUUCUAAAACGCUACAAACCUCAAAAGUCAAUACACACUUACACAUACAAAAGAGAAAAAAGUUCAACAUGAGAAAGUGAUUUCAACAACUUUGCAACUUUCCAAAAACUUUCACACAAUUCACACCUCAUCGCAGUAACCUCGUCGAAAGUUAAUAAACAAACACUAAAAAUAUUCAUGCAACUAACUAAAAUGCAACAACAUUAAACAAAACACAACACACACAACAAUCGAAGGCUAUUAACUUUUAGACUAGUAGCAAACAAAAAAAACGUUUACCUAUAGCUUUUUACUAUUUAAGCUUAAUUUAAUUCUAAACAAUAUCCAUUUGACUAAG